AACUGUGCAAACAGACUGUGUUAUCUCUUACCAGACAACCCUUCCCCUCCGUCUCUCUCUCUCUCUUUCUCUCUCUCUAUCCCCUUUCAUUCCUUUUUUUCAUUCUCCUCCCCAAUCUCUCUAUCCGUGUGUUCUCAGGACUCAGGUAAGCUGCAGAGAUGGCGAUGAGCAGUAUUCUGAAAGCUGAUGACAUUAAGAAAGCCCUGGAUGCAUUCAAAGCUGCUGACACUUUUGACCAUAAGAAGUUCUUUGAGAUGGUGGGGCUGAAGGCGAAAUCAGCUGAUGACGUGAAGAAAGCCUUCCUCGUACUGGACGCCGACAACAGCGGCUUUAUAGAGGAGGAGGAGCUUAAGUUUGUGCUGAAGGGCUUUGCUGCUGAUGGAAGAGACCUGACCGACAAGGAAACCAAAGCUUUCCUACAGGCAGCUGAUAAAGACGGAGACGGCAAGAUCGGAGUGGACGAGUUUGCUGCUCUGGUCCAUGAAUAAUCAACAUCAAGUCCUGGCUUCCUGUGCCCUUUAUGACCCUAUGACCUGAACAUGCCCUAACACACACGCCCCCCACACACACACACUCACUCGCUCCCUGCCACAUUAUUCUCAAACACACAUUGGCACCCUCGCUCACUGCUGACACGCAAACACGCCCCUCGUCCUUGCUGUUCACACACACACUCCUUGAACCCUACAACUCAUACGACCUGAGCACAGCGCACAAGAGGACGGGGCAAGCACACACACACACACACACACACAGAUUUACACACAAAAACACACUCAAAUACACACACACACACACACACUUACACACAUAUACACACCAUGCACAGUCUCACCUCCCACCUCCUACAAUCACGCUAUUUAUUUUUCCUUUUUAUACAACUGUGUGUUUCUGCUAGUGUAUAGAUGAAGAGGCCCUCAUCAUGACAGUCUGUAGAUAUAUAUAAAAAAAGGAAAGAACACCCCCCCGCCCUCCCAUCUGUUUUAUUCCGCACUCUCUUUUUUCUUUCUCUUUCUCUUUCUCAUUUUCCUUUAUUUUCUCUGUAUCUCUUUAUCAACGUUCUCUCCUCCGCUCCUCCCCCGGCAAAGUUCCUCUCCCCUCCUCCCUCCAUCUCUCCAGCUCCUCUCUUUCUCUGGUAAAGAGCUGUCGUGAAAAAACACCAAAAGAAGAAAGAGGUCAUACUGUGAAAGGAGAAAAAAAUGAAAUAAAGACAGAAUGCCUCGAGA